AUGACAUAUGAAGGCGAAAGUGAAUGGCUUCUGGAGGUCGAAUCUUUGCCGUCAGAUGUCAAAGUGGUCGCCCCUCAGCGAAAGGGUUUUUUUGCCGUUGGGCAGCCGCCUAUAACAAGCGUGUCUACGGGCCUCAGUGAAGAUGGAGACAAUACACCAGAAUCUCUAGCGUCAUUGGAUGGCAAGAAGAGUAUGCAACAAUAUAUAGAGGAAAUAUCGCAGCUUAACAGCGCGAUUGAUGAAUUCUCUAAAAUCAUUCAGACACUUGCAUUAUUCAAGUAUUAUAUACGUAACAGGAAGGGAAACACGAACGUGGAUGAACUACACAAAAGGUUCAAUUCAUUCUCAGUCAAGUGCGCUAAUAAGAUUCGCAUAAUACAACAACAUGUGGCUGCCGUCAAUCGUGAGAAUCAUUAUGCCAUGGCACAUAGAGAAGUGAUGAACUACUCGUAUUCCGAUCUUAGGGCGCGAUUUAACAUGCAAGAUGCAUCCGUCAACAGACUGAAGACACUCAUGGAGACGUAUCAGUCUGUUAUUAAGGAGUAUACUGCCGCUGCAAAAAGCAUAGAAGAGGAAGACCAGGCAGUGCUGGUCAGUGGAGCUGCGGCGCCACUGUUGAAGGAAACGGCAGCGGAACAACCCUCGCAUAAAUGUGCUGAGGCAACCUUGAUAGACGAGCUUAAGUCAAAAUCAAAGGAUAUUAUGACGCUAGAGAAAAACGCAAGGGAUCUCAAUCAGUUAUUUGCAGAGCUCAACACGACCAUCAAAAAGCGUGGUGAAAACAUCUACAACCUAGAACAACAGAUAUUAUUGUCGGCUGAACAAAUCGAUAAGGGAAAGGAUGACAUGACAAUUGCUCUUAAAUCAAGAGGUGGCCAGGUUCUCAACUGGGUUAUGGCCAGGGGAAAGAUACCUCAAGACUGCAACAAAAGACUCCUAUCUUUGGAGGAUCUUUGUAAAGGAUUCUUUGACAAAUAUGUUGAUUUACCGGAAAAUGUUAAACAAUUGCGAAAACAUGUGCUUGCCGAUUACACGGAAUGGUACGAAGUGCUCAGCGAUAUUAACGAGAAGCUUAAGGAGACCGAGGAAGGUAAAAAACAGAACUUCAUAGGUCAAUAUGCCUACGAACCAUUAUACGAAGCCGACAAGAUUCUGAAGGCCUUUCAUAAACAUAACCUACACAUAGUCUCAUAUUUCCAGCUCCUGCAAAAACAAAUUAUGUAUAACGUGCCAUCUAUUAGAAAGUCAAUUGACAAUCUAAAAAAGGAGCUUGUUGACUACAAAAACAGGAAAAACGUCUGUAUGAGAAAACUGAAAACAGGGUCAGGGGAGCUUAGAAGCAGGUUGCAAUUGUACAAUAUAGAUAUCGAUGAAUACCCAUUUGACGAAGAUUUUGUCGAGUGUCUCAAGGUGAAACUUCUGCACAAGAUAACCGCCAAAAAUGCGGAAAUGACCAUAGCCAAUUACAAGAAAACUAUACAACUCACCAAGCUUAUAUCUGCCGACGUUGUACCGAUAUUCACAUCAUUUGUCAAAUUAAACGACAUGGAAAAUCUAUACGUCGAAGAAACCACGAUGAAGAACAUUAGGCACGCGGCAGAACAUGGAAUGGAUAUUGUAACUUCGGAUGAAAACGAAGGCUAUGUGACUAAAACGGAACCGGAAGCGGCUGCCGAUGCUCCAGAUAAUAACGUGGUCAAAGGCAAUGAUCACAUCCCUAUAGAAAAGGAGUCCAACCAGAUCAUUUUUGACACGAAUAUAGGAAAUCCAUCAUUUAGACAACUUCUUCUUGGGGAACUGUUGGAGCUGCUGACUUUUGUAAAAGUCAGAAUAGACGAAUUGCAGAAUAGGGCAGAUACAGCCAGCUAUAUAUUUAGCCGUGCUGGCGGGAAAGUGAACAAUUUGGUGCAGCAACCACUGUCUAGUUAUGAAAAAUAUAUGGAAUUUUUAAACGAAGCAAUCGAACUCAUCAGUGGCACCGGGGGAUUGAGGAGCCUCAGCGUAUUGAAGAACCGAAGCGAACUUGAAAAGUGCGCACAAGCCGAGCUGGAUAUUUUCAACAGAUGUUACACCGCAGUGACCGAGCAGACAGCACUUACGAAGCGCAUAGAAACCGCCGAGGAAGCGCUGGAGAAACUGAAUGGUGAGCUCGAGGCGGUGAGAUCGACAAUCAGGGAGACAAAGCAAAAGCUAGAGAAGGUCGCCAGCGAAGUAAUGGAGGAGAGCGUCACACUUUUUGGCGAGAUCGACGAAAUAUGA